UAUCUACAGUAAAAAUACAAAGACCUCGAUUUCAGGUGAAAUCAAAUAAGACAAUACAAAAAAAUGAGAAUGUUUGCUAUUCUGUUUCUCUUACUGUUUAGUUUAAGUAAACUGUAUGCUUUUAUAAACUCUGAUAUUGUUAUAAACUUUCUUAAAGAUAGAUCUCUAAAUCAUGCCUAUUUACUGAACUGUCAACAAAAUAAAGUGUGGUUGGUGUAUCCUCUAAACAUACAAUUAUCCGAGUUUGCGAUAGAUGAUGUUUAUAAUCCAGCAUCUAAGAGAGGGGGUACAUUAAUUCAAUCUAGAGUAGGAAAUUAUAGUCCUUCUGAAGGCUUUCAAGUGGAAGACGUUGUUACUAACAAAUUCUGGCAUCGAAGAAAUUUGGGUGGAGUUACUUUUAAGGCUAUGGUUGCGUUUCAUGAAGGUCGUCACAUUGAAUCACCUGAAGAAUAUCUAGAAAGCAACGAACAAAGAGAUAAAAAUACAUACAGUAGAUUUCAUGCCAGGCUCAUAAGUUUUUGCGCUAAACACUACGAGUUUGAUUAUAAUAUUUCUGUCAUAAACAAUUACGGAUAUAAAACAAUCAACGGUGUGAUGGAUGGUCUCAGUGGACAGUUACAAAAAGCCACUAUAGAUUUUGGACUAAGUGCUCUGUUUGCUAGAAUUGACAGAACAAGGGCUAUGACAAUGGGCCGACAUACAUGGAAGCUCAGAUCGGCAUUCAUUUUCAAAAACCCAAAAUCAAGAAAUUCUUUCAAAUUGUUUACCAGGCCGGUCACCACUGAAGUAUGGUUUGUUUUGAUUAUUUGUUUGUUUUUAUGUUCUAUUGUUAUUAAAUUGUGUUUAUCGAUGGAUUUUACAAUUGAUGACAACUCCUGGAGUUUUUCGUAUUUAUCCGUUAUUGCUGCUGUUUGUCAACAAGGUAUGUACAUAGAUAAACGAAACAAGUUUAGAUUGGAAAGUCUGUUAACUAUACCUAGAGUAACUUCUGGAAGGAUCAGCGUCUAUUUCACCUUGCUAUUAACCACUUUCGUUUACUUGUUCUACUCCGGAACUCUAGUAUCGUCACUGUUAAACGUACCGCUAGUUUUGGUUAAAAGUAUUCAAGAUUUGCUCGACCUCAACAUUGAAAUCGCUCUUGAAAACAUUGGAGUCAAUAAAGAGUAUUUUAAGUUUGCCGAUGAUAAAGCUUCCAUAGAAAUGUAUCGUAAAUGGAUAAGAGGCAAAGAAUCAACUGCCUUCAUCCAAGCCAACGACGGGUUGGUGCGCGCCCGAAAAGGCAAAUUAAUAUUCCACGUGGAACUAGAUAAAGCUUAUACCUUUCUGAAGGAAAAUUGCGACGAUGAAGAAGUAUGCGAAUUCAAAGAGAUCCAGCUCUUUAAACCUAUCAAUCUUUAUGCGACUUACCCCAGACAUUCGCCUUAUAGAGAUAUGCUGGACGUAUGCUUACAACGCAUAGCGGAAAGUGGAGUUUUGGAGAAAGAAUAUAUGUUCUGGCGUACCAAAAAACCAGUCUGCGUUUAUAGACGAAAGUUAACACAAGUCUAAACGAGUUUUAUCCCGUCCUAUUACUCAUACCUUUAGGGACAUUCUUGGGUCUUAUUAUCCUAGCUAUAGAAACAGUAAUGUUUAAUUAUAGACGUAGAUAUUUCGCCUUUGUCAAUUUAUUGAUAUAAAAAUGUACUAAUAAGACAGUAGGACGUACUCUUACAUUAGAACACUAGUAUAUAGUCUAAAAAACAGUUGUCUGAUAGUGUAAAAUACCUAUCGCCAAUGAAACAAUAA